AUGGACAACAAGCCUGUCGCGGGAAUGGCCUCGGCGCCCACCAUUAGCACCGUCCAAAGUGAGCCGGAUCUGCCGUUGAGCCAUGAGACGGCUCGGGACUCGUCGUCCUCGCCGACACCCGGAAGACCAGUAUUGCCAACCAACGCUUCUGAUCCCCCCGGGCUGCAGAACUUUCAGAGCCCUCUAAGGCAACACAAGAGGCAGCCGAGUGCCCAUCGCGAGAUUAAAGAAACCCUCAAUGCUCGCGUCGAGUACGCAAGCGAUGAGGAUGAUGGCAGAACCCACCACAAGAUUAAUCAGUACACCAUUAUUGAAGAAGUUGGCCGUGGCUCCUAUGGCGCUGUCCAUCUCGCGACUGACCAAUUCGGCACCGAAUAUGCUGUCAAGGAAUUCUCCAAAUCGCGUCUUCGUAAGCGUGCCCAGUCCCAAAUUCUACGCCGCGGACCCCAGGGUCGUCCCAGACGGCAACCCUUGCGCCUUCGCAGCAAUGGCGAGGUCUUGACGCCGCAGCUUGGAGCAGAACAGCCUGGUGAAAAGGAGGAUGCCCUACACCUCAUUAGGGAAGAGGUGGCCAUUAUGAAGAAGCUGGAUCAUCCCAACCUUGUGCAGCUCAUCGAGGUACUCGACGACCCAAACGAGGAUUCGCUCUACAUGGUUCUUGAAAUGUGCAAAAAGGGUGUCGUCAUGAAAGUUGGACUGGACGACCACGCGGAUCCGUACAGCGACGACACAUGCCGCUACUACUUUCGCGACCUAAUCCUCGCUAUCGAAUACUUGCACUCGCAAUCCAUCAUUCAUCGCGACAUCAAGCCGGACAAUCUUCUUGUGGCGGCCGAUGACACUCUCAAAGUCAGCGACUUUGGCGUUUCGGAAAUGUUCGAGAAACCCGACAGCAUGAAGGUAAAAAAAUCGGCCGGAUCUCCUGCAUUCCUGGCGCCGGAGCUAUGCAGCUCUCACGGCGAGGUGUCGGGCACUGCCGCCGAUAUCUGGUCCAUGGGUGUCUGCUUGUACUGUUUUCGUUACGGCAAGAUUCCCUUUAAUUGCGCGAGUGUACUGGAAAUGUACGAGGCGAUUCAGACCGAGCAGCCUAAAAUCCCGGAUGAUGAAGAUCCUGCGUUUACCGACCUAUUAAGGAGGCUCCUUGAAAAAGACCCUGAGCAACGCAUCACAAUGGCAGAGCUUCGUGAACACGAAUGGAUCACCAAGAACGGUACAGACACUCUGCUUUCCAGAGAAGAAAACUGUGUACACAAGGUGGAGCCGCCUAAUGAGCUGGAAAUCAGUCGUGCUUUUACGAGAAAGAUGGACAAUGCGUUUUGCGUGCUCAAGGCCAUUGCCAAAUUCAAGUCGCUGCUCUCAAGACGGGCCACGCGACCCACCGUGGCGGAAAAGAUUGAAGAUGGCACGUUUGACCCCGCGGAGGAAAAGGCGCGCGCCGAAGAGAUUGAGGCUCUCCUCGCCCAGCGGCGUGAGGUGCUGAGUAGCCGAACCCGCGACGACAGCGGCUCGAGCAACGAUGAGGAUGUCGGCAAGGGCCAUGCCAAAGACAUUGGCGAUCAGGAGCCGUUGUACCUGGGCAUCGGCACGAGCUCGCGGCACGCUUUUUACCUCGAUGACGACUCGGCCGACGACGUGGUGGCCGACUCGCCGAUCGCCGUCGACUACAACAUCUACGAUCAGGCCUACGAGCAGGCGAUCACGGACCGUCUCGCCGCUAAUCCCUCGGUGCGGCCCAUCAUGUACCUGACCAAGUUUGUCAACGACUCGGAUCGCUUCAAGGCGUUGGGAAACAUCGUCGAGGACACCACAACGGCCGUGCGCGAGCAGGUGCGCGAGGCGCGCGCCACCAUUCACGAGCACUUUACCGCGCCGUCGACGGCCAAGCUCGGCAAGCUCGUCGCCAGAAUGGGCCUCGCGGACCCGCCGCAGGGCGCCAAGCCGACGGCGCUGAGCGACGGCGUUGUUAGCACGCUCACGGCGCCCGAGGAGAAGGAGGGCAGCGGGCCCGGCCGCAGCAGUAGCAGCAACAGCAGCAGCGACGAUACUCGCAGAGAGGAAAAGGGUGCCGUGGAUGGUGGCGCUGCCGCCGAUGGCCCAUCAGCCAAGGACAAGGACGGCGACGCCGCGGAGCAACAAACCGCGCCAAUGGCGGCCCUAGCAGCUAUCAAGGCCGUUUCUUUGUCUUGA